GACGUUUUAUGCGUCUUUACAGGAGCAUCCUCCAUUUUCUAUUUUAUAACUCAAAUUUAACACUAUUAAAAAGAGAAUAUAUAUUUUUAAAAGAAAAGGAGAAUUAUCCAAUCCAAAUAAUAUAAUAAUAUUAAUAUAGCACGUGAGUUGCACAUGCGGACACUUUCCCGCCAAAAAGUUGUUAACGGGCGUAACAACCCGCGACAGAAAACAAAAUCGCGAGCUUCUUCUUCCACUUUUCAUAACUCUUCUUCUUCUUCUUCUUCUUCUCCUUCUUCUUCUCUACGUGCUUCGAGAUGCAGCAGAGAUCUUCAAGCUCGAGCUCGCGCUUCACGGGCGACGAACACAGAGCCAUCAACAUCGCCGCAGAGCAGCAGCAGAAUCAGCACACCAAGCGCCGAAAGACCACUGAAGACAACGAAUUCCUUGACGGCCUCCCGAUCUACCACCUCCGCACCGCAGCUCCCGUCCGGAGGGAUUUCUCCAGUCGCUCGUCGCGGUUGCCGCCGGAGAAAUGGAUUCAUGCUAUCCCGGCGCUCGUUCUGCUCUGCCUCUUCACUCUCUGGUGGUUCUCUUUUCCAGCAGUUGAUGUGGAGAUCAAUAAUGGUAGGAUUACAACCAUAAGGCAGAUCAACAUGCCGCUACCUAACGAUUCUCGUAUUGAUCUCACAAUACUCGCAGUUUCAACAGCAUCACCGAUUCCUUCAAUUCCUCAAAACGUGUCAUCCGGCGAGGACGAAACAAACUUGAAUCCAGCAAGUUCGCCUAAUUGAAGGAUUGGUGCUAUC